AUGUGGCUCGUCUUAUAUUUCUUACAGUUUCUUACUGUAAACGCGCUGACGGUAAGCAAUUCGAGACGCAAUAGAAGCGCAGCCUUCAUUUGAUGCUAUUCCCCAAAUGAAACGUGAACAGAACAAAGUGUUGCCAACUUUAUUUACCACAACGUUUUUAGAAAGAAGAGGCCUUGAAGAAAAAGUCGGAGCUCUUGGAAUCGGGGAUAUCAUCUACGACGGAUCCAUGUGAGGACUUUGCUACCUACGCGACUUAUGGCAUCGACGAGACGACGCUCGUUAAAUACAAGCAAGAGCGCGCGGAAGAGGUGUUCAGCGGGAUGAAGAGUCAAUUUGUAAGCAUUGAUAAUGGGAAGUAUCCGUGUAACAUACAAAUUUUUUGUAUUUUUUUCACUUGGAUACAACUUGAUGACGGUCAACUUCUGCUCCGGCUUAGAAAUCUGUGUUUUUGUUGUGCUUUUUUGAUGUUUGCCGGAGUAAUAUUUGGACAUAGAGUGGCGGACCUAAUCCAGUGGCAAAAAAUGUUUCAUUUUGCAUCAGGGAAGUAUCAAAAAUGCAGCAAAAUACCUCCCUCUCCAAGUCAAAAAACUCCGAUUUCCAAAACGCGCCCACUCUUUUUGUGAGGGAAAGGGCUCGCAGUUCAAAACGGAGUUUUUUUCACUCGGAGAGGGAGGCAUUUUGCCACAUUUUUUUAUACUUUCUGGAUGCAAAAUGGUUCGCUUUUUGCUAAUGGAUCAAGUCGGCCACUGCAUAUGCUUCUUAAUACCGUCAAUAUAAUUUUCAGCCCCCUCUCCAAGCCGUCAAGCAGAUCUUUGCCUUUUGCGCCCAGCAAACACCAUUUCCCAGUCGGAAAUUCCGACCCGGAAAAGAUCAGGUGACCAUUAACGCCUACAACGUCGACAUACAGGACUAUCUGAACAACAUCGACCUGAACAACACGGAGUGGUUUGCCAUGAAGUACAAGCACUACCUGAACAUCCUGUUUACCUAUGGCUCUCAGGUCUUUGAUGAGCAAAUCUUGGGAACCAAGAUGAUUUUAAAUUUUGAAGCAUAUGGCCAAACGGACUUUGGGAAGGAUAACUGCGAGGACCAGAUCGGGAAGGAAGCGUGCCGAGAGAUGAUUGCUCAUAUUUUCGAUCUGGUGCUGGGCGAGGAGUUGCCGGUUAAACUCUUUUUUCCGUCAGAUGUAAGGAAAUUUCAUCUUCUAUACAUACAAUCAGUCUGUCGGAGAAAUAAUGAGCGCAAUGUCGCUGUGCCAAUCUCUUUGUUGAAGAGAAAAGCAAUUUGAUUUUGCCGCGACACAUUUUUUUUCUCUGUGGCAAUGCGAUUUUUCCACGCAAAAAAUGCUCAUUAUUUCCCCGACAGACCGACAACAGCCGAAUACCCCAAGCGCAACUCGUAUUGUUAGCUUGCGCUUUGCGCGAUUGACCGAUAUUUUUGACUUUUCUGCGAAUUUUGGCAUGAAAAAGCUCUUUCGCAUUUUUACCAUAUAAGGUUAUUGUGUUUCCACAAGAAAUAUGGUCAAUAACUUUUUUUCUAUAACCGUUUCUCAGCAUUUCGCACGCUUUCUCGGCCGCAAAAGCUGAAUAUCUUGGCUCUCCCUGCAAAGCGCCAACUAAAAUUUUCAAUGAUUAAUUUGGAGCCUAUUCCAGACAAGUCUGAAAAAUUGAAAGAAAAUCUGAACGCCGCACUUGGGGCACCUCAUUCGUUAGGGAGAAUGACUGCUAGUCCAUUCGUAAAGUUGCUAGAGCGAUUUCCGCGCCAUAAGCUGUGUAAAAACAGUCAGCGUGGGAGCAACAGCCCCGAUAAGCCCCUUAAAAAGGGGACCAUAUAUUCUCACAGUAGAUGUUGCCGAAAAAGCUCCAGCCACUUUACGAGCGGACUAGUAGCACCACUUUCAGGUGGAAGACCGCAGAACGAUUAUCUACGAUAUUGCCCAGAUCUUUGCCGGCGCCGAGGAUCCGGGUCCGUACCGGAAUUGCGCCGAACUCAUCGAAGAUGUGGCUCCCAUGUACUAUCGGAAGAUAAUUUUUGAUUUCAUCAACCAAAACGAAGGCUCCACCAACGGUUUGGACGAGGAGUUUUUGAAGAUGCUAACGGAUGUUAAGGACGCAUUUAAAUCUUCGCUCUAUUCGAUGGACCUUCCCGAUGAUAACAUUACCAAGUCCUUCGACAAGCUUCGCUGGCUGAAUAUUACUCACCCCAUUUUUGAGGACGCAACUUUUGAGAGGUAUUUCAAUGUGAAUUUCACCCAAGAGACAUUGUAUGUUGAUCGACAUCUGAACAACAUGAAGCGGCUGAUUCAAUACAAUUUCGAGAAUGGUAAAAACUUGUUCUACACGCCGAGAUUUGACGUAAGUUUUUGUUUUUUGUCUUGAACACUUAAAUUUGGUUCUAUUAUAUUUUAGGAGCACUCAACGUUUAUCGCAGGAGUCGACGGCCAUAACUACGUGGGAUUGGGAAUGCAUGCAAUCAGCUAUCCAUUUUAUAACCGGGGAUUCCCACCCGCGCUGACGUAUUCCAACUUUGCCUUUGCGUUUCCUGAAGAAAAGAGUAAGUUACAGUGAAAGACCUGAUCCAAUGGUAAAAAACAUAUCAUUUUGCAUCCGGGAAGUAUCAAAAAUGUAGCAAAAUACCUCCCCCUGCAAGACAAAAAACUUCGUUUUGAAAGGCGCACCCUUUCCCUAACAAAAAGAUAGGGCGCGCUUUUGAAAUCAGAGCUUUUUUACUUGGAGAGGGAGGUAUUUUGCUACAUUUUGUGACACUUCCUGGAUGCAAAAUGGUAGGUUUUUGCCACUGGAUCAGGUCCGCCACUGUAGACGCUGAAAAGGUUACUAAAGGAGAUACUAGCCCGUAAAGUCGCUAGAGUGAUUUUCGGAGUUUGUACUAUGUAGGAAAAGUCAAGAUGCGAGCGACUGCCAAAAAAAGCCUUUUGCACAAUGCAAAAAGCAAGAAAAUGCAGAGUGAAAGGUGAACUUUUCUUUUUGUGCAUAUUGCCAAAAUCACUCCAGCAACUUGCGACUCUUAACAUUGGAGUACUGCAGAGUCGGGGCAAAGAAGAACUAUUGCACGGCAACCCGAAGUGUUUCCUAGCUCCUUUCGACACUUCGCCCGUUUUUUAUCCGUUGAAAUCAAACAAAAUGUCACAAAAGAAUUUUUCGUUGGAUUUCCGGACCGAAAAAUAUUUUUCUCGGAAUUAUUUUAUUUCUUUUGUCAAUUUUGACACUUCGUUUGGACGAAACUCAAAAGUGGGCGGGAAACAUUUUUCUUCUAUUUCGGGUUGCCGUGUAUUGUGUCUUACCCCUUGCUAUGACAACACACUACCUCGCGCUUUGCAGAAACAACAAAAAUUUUGGGUCUAAAGUUGAAAAAAUAUAACUUUUUUUUGCAGAUUUUGGCAUAAAAAGUUUCAUGCCUAUUUCUACCAGAGAGGGUAAUGUUUCCACAAAAAAAUUAAUCGAAAUUGGCAGAGAUAUGACCAAAAAAUGUUUUUUCUUUGACCGUUCUCCGAGUUUCGCGUACUCUUUUGUCAUUCAGUUUCUCGACUGACUUUGCAAAGCGUGAGCUAAACUUUUCAGUAAUUAAUAUGUGCUCUAUGACCAAAGAAUGCACGCAAUUUAAAGAAAAUCCGAGCGUCAUAGUUGGGGGACUUCCUAAAGUUUCGAUCUUCUCACUUCAGACCUUCUCUUGCCAACUAUUUCGUUGAAUGAUGUAGCGGGCAUCGUCGCUUACAACGCCUUCCAACGACGGAAUCAAAUGUUUUUGCAGCAGAAUUUCGUUGAAGGUCCAUUUAUCAGCAAGCUCUCACAAGAACAACUCUACUUUUUCAACUUGGCUCAGAGCUUGACUAUGCUUGACGAAGACUUCGCCAACAAAACUUCGGAUGCUUGGGACUACUUCAAAUGCUCGAGAGCGUUUUCUAAUGCUUUCCAUUGCGCGUCAGGAGAUGCGUAUUACAAGAUAGAUGGCUGCAGUGUCCUAAUCAUUGAAAGCCUAAUUGAACCAUACUACAACUAUUCGCAUUACAAGAUUGAUCCGUAA